CGCCCUCUUCGUCACUUCCUCAGGCCCCGCCGCAGGCCGUGUAGAGAAAACGGAAGCGACCGAAGGCUCUCCUCGCUGCUACGCGCAGACACGUCCGCACGCACACACCAGCUAGCAGCCGUGGUUGCAUCCUUCCAGGGUUCGGCGCAGGAGAUGGAGGAGGGCGCUGCCGGAGUAGGAGGAGGGGUUGGGGGCGGCGGCGUCGCCGGCGCCGGCGCCGGCGAUCGAUCGAGCUUCGUGAUCGGCCUCAUCGAGAACCGAGCCAAGGAGGUUGGUGUUGCGGCAUUUGAUUUGAGAUCAGCCUCACUGCACCUAUCUCAGUAUAUCGAGACGAGCUGUUCAUACCAUAAUACGAAGACACUACUGCAUUUCUAUGAUCCGAAUACUGUAAUUGUGCCCCCAAAUAAAACCGCGGCAGAUGGUAUGGUUGGGGUUUCAGAGCUGGUUGAUAAAAAUUACCAAGCAAGCAAAAAGGUCACAAUGGCACGUGGUUGCUUUGAUGAUACCAAGGGGGCGGUUAUGGUAAAAAAUCUGUCGGCUAGAGACCCAUCUGCACUUGGUUUGGAUACUUACUGCAAGCAGUACUAUCUUUGUCUUGCUGCGGCCUCUGCAACAAUUAAGUGGAUAGAAUCAGAAAAAGGUGUAAUUAUUACUAACCAUUCACUAUCAGUUACAUUCAACGGCUCAUUUGACCAUAUGAACAUCGAUUCAACUAGUGUUCAAACAUUAGAAAUAAUUGACCCUCUCCAUACUGAACUGUGGGGUACUAGCAACAAAAAGAAAAGUCUCUUUCAGAUGUUGAAGACUACAAAGACUACGGGAGGGUCUAGACUACUGAGAGCCAACUUAUUACAGCCACUAAAAGAUAUUCAAACUAUCAAUGCUCGGCUUGACUGCUUGGAUGAGCUAGUGAGCAACGAGGAACUAUUCUUUGGCUUGACACAAGGUCUCCGUAAAUUUCCAAAAGAAUCAGAUAAGGUUCUCUGUCACUUUUGCUUCAAACCCAAAAAGGUCACAGAUGAGGUACUGAAGCCUGCCAAUGGUCGGAAGAGCCAAUUGUUGAUAUCUGACAUUAUUGUUCUAAAAACUGCUCUGGAUGCAAUACCAUUCCUCUCCAAGGUUCUGAAGGGGGCGAACAGUUUUCUUCUUCAGAACAUUUAUCAGACCAUAUGUGAAAACCCAAAGUAUGGGAGCAUGAGAAAGAGAAUCGGAGAAGUGAUUGAUGAAGAUGUUAUUCAUUCGAGGGCUCCUUUUGUAGCCUGCACUCAGCAAUGUUUCGCUAUUAAGCCAGGGAUUGAUGGCCUACUUGAUGUUGCUCGUCGAUCCUUCUGCGAUACAAGCGAAGCCAUACAUAACCUUGCCACCAAGUACAGAGAGGAGUUUACUCUGCCAAAUUUGAAGAUACCGUAUAACAAUAGACUGGGGUUUUACUUUAUUAUACCCCAGAGGGAUAUUACUGAAAAGCUUCCUAAUAAAUUUAUCCAGGUUGUUAGGCAUGGGAAGAAUGUCCAUUGCUCAAGCUUUGAGCUAGCUUCGCUAAAUGUUAGGAACAAGUCGGCUGCUGCUGAGUGCUUCUUGCGCACUGAACUCUGUUUAGAAGGACUUAUUAGUGAGAUCAGAGAAGACAUUCGUAUCUUAACAAUGCUCGCAGAAGUAUUAUGUCUUUUGGACAUGAUUGUAAAUUCUUUUGCCUAUACAAUAUCUACAAAGCCUGUUGAUCGGUACACUAGACCGGAGUUCACAGGUGAUGGUCCAAUGGCAAUCAAUGCUGGACGGCAUCCUAUUCUGGAGUGCUUACAUACUGAUUUUGUUCCAAAUAAUAUCUUCCUUUCCGAAGCAUCGAAUAUGGUUCUUGUCAUGGGGCCAAACAUGAGUGGAAAAAGUACAUAUCUUCAACAGAUUUGUCUAAUAGUUAUUCUUGCGCAAGUCGGCUGUUAUGUCCCAGCUCAAUUUGCAUCACUGAGAGUGGUUGAUCGUAUAUUUACACGCAUAGGCACUGGAGAUAAUGUUGAAAACAACUCGAGCACGUUUAUGACAGAAAUGAAAGAGACAGCUUUCAUCAUGCAAAAUGUUUCUUCAAGGAGCUUGGUUGUAGUGGAUGAGCUUGGAAGAGCUACUUCUUCCUCUGAUGGGUUGGCAAUUGCAUGGAGCUGCUGCGAGCACCUGCUAUCCCUCAAAGGGUACACUGUGUUUGCGACACACAUGGAGGGCUUGUCAGAGCUCGCAACAAUGUAUCCAAACGUGAAGAUCCUCCAUUUCGAGGUUGACUUGAGGAAUGGUCGCUUGGAUUUCAAGUUCCGGCUGAAGGAUGGUGUCCGACGGGUACCGCACUAUGGGCUUCUGCUAGCCAGAGUGGCCGGCCUCCCUGCUUCAGUGAUCGACACCGCGACCAGCAUCACUUCACGUAUCACAGAGCAGGAAAUGGUUAGGAUGGAUGCGAACUGUGUGCAGUACCAGCCACUGAGGAUGGCGUACCAGGCCGCGCAACGGCUCAUCUGCUUGAAGUACUCGAACCAAGGGGACGAUUACAUCCGUGAAGCAUUGCAGGACCUCAAGGAGAGUUACGCCGCAGGCAAUUUGAUAUGAAACAACAAGAGAUUACGUCUCCAGGAAUUUGAUAGAGGUCUGUUUGUAGGUCUAUGGCCGCAGAGGAUCCAUCAGUCUUAUUUUCAUCUGUCACUGUAAUUAUAUUAGUAUUAGUCAGAAUCCGAUACUAAAAGUGGCGAUACGGGAGAGAUCCUUAACACAAAGCACACCCGGAGUAGAUGAUGAGACUUACAAUUGUAUUUGUGCAAGGAAAGUUGUACUUUAUGGAGUUACAUAAAAUUCUGCUAAGUGA